AUGAAGGUCAUCAUAAUUGGAGGUGGCAUCUCAGGCUGCACAGCAUACCUGCAACUCAAAAGGCAUCUCCCUCAGCUCACUCCACCGUCUCGGCACGAGAUAACCAUAUACGAAGCUUACGAAACAGAUAUCAGCACAACAAACGAAUGCCGCGACGGUCAAACUCAUUCAUCAUCCCUAGUCGUCGGCGGCGGACUCGGCGUCUUCCCUAAUGGUCUUAGGGUCUUGAAGCGCUUGGAUGAGGACAUACUCCGUGACGUUGUUCGUGAGGGGUACGUUAUUGCGCACCAGGAUUUGAAAUCGAAAAAUGGAAGAUUACUCCUCAGAAUGGAUUCUACUGCGGAUCCUGACCCAGAUAUGGAAGGGCAACGAAUGCAUCUACUUGGGAUUAGCCGGCACUCAUUAUGGAGUAGCUUGCGGCGAAGGAUUCCUGAUCGCGAUAUACAGACGAAGCGUGUGUCGAGGGUUGUUGCGAACCAAGAUGGAAGGAACAUGGUUUACUUUGCGGAUGAGAGUUCGUCUGUCGACGCUGAUUUGGUCAUUGGUGCAGAUGGAUUGAAAGGGAUAACGAAAUCGGCGUUGUUCCUGGGGCAGGAAAUAUGCAGACCCGAAUACCAGGGCCUUGUCGGAGUCGGAGGAUUUAUCUCUGCGGACGAAGUGCAGGGCCUCGUCGAAAAGGGAUCAAUGAGCUUGGUCUUCGGCGGCAAUGGAUUCUUUGGGUACUUCUUCUCGAACAGCAGUUUAUCUGCACCGGAUCGCGACUCUCCAUACCACGUCUCGGAGGCAGGUCAGACCCUCGCAUGGUGGUCAACGUACGCCGUAGACAGUUGCCCCGACCCUAAAAACCUGGACAUGGACACCGUCGUGAAACAACUGCGCGAGAGACAUGCGCAUUGGAGGGACCCGGUCAUUGCGAAAAUCCUGCUCUCACUUAGGGUUAGCAGCAUGUACCCAACAUGGACUUCCUCCCAGCUUCCAAGAUGGGAGAGCGACGGCGUUGUCCUAGUGGGAGAUGCAGCGCAUGCUCUCCCAUCUACAUCUGGACAAGGCUCUUCGCAGGCCUUGGAAGAUGUUGAGGCAUUAGCGAUGCUGCUUGGCCACGCUCUUCAAGGCGUGUAUUCGACAGGCUCUGCUGAUACCCUGAAAUUGAAAGCGGCUAUCACGACGGCUGCCAGACGAUACGAGGCGAUUCGCUACCCACGUGUGCGGAGAAUCCUGGAAAACGCACAGCGCAUGCAGAGUAACAAGCGUGAUAUGGGGUUCCUAACUGAGUAUAUGAUGUAUUGUGGUCUGUGGAUUGCUGGAUGCUUCCCGAAGUUGAUGUCGCGCUUCACUCAAAGAGUGAUCAACUAUGAUAUUGCUGAGGACGUGAGGACGUUUGUUGAACGACAGAUGGCUAGCACCUUCUGA